CGAGAGGGACGCACUGUGGGGAGGGGGAAAAAAGAUGUCAUCCCGGCCAUUCAAACACCGAUGCGGAAACGGGAACCGUGGCCGACCUGGAGCUUCCUAGGCGGGGAAGGAGCGCUACGCGAGCCCGAGGCUUGUAUCCCGCGGGAAGGCCUCUUCCGGAGCUUUCGCUACAAAAUGUCUGCUGGCCAUCAUUAGCACGUUUACAUCACACAUCAUCAUCUCCAUCAAAUUAUUGAUAUUUUGCAUGCAGCAUUUUUGACAGCAGACAUUUUGUUUAAAAUUGUUUAAAAGGCACAAUUGGAGCAGGAAUGCACGUUUUUCUUUUGGGCGCAUAUACAUUCAUCUCGUCUGCGGCAAAGUAGUCAAGAAGAAGCAGAACGUGCCGAUAGAAGCAAACGUAUUAUUAGGAUUAAUCAUUUUGUAGUGAUUUAGCAGCGAGCGUUCGUUUGUUCCGGGGCCGGCCGAGGAAGCCUCCAGGCGGCCUGCCGGCUGCUCGCUGGCCGCUAGCAGCAUGGAUACUUCGUGGAGCAAUUUCCUCUUUCAGUCACCAUCAACUCCAGGCCAGCAGGAGGCGCCCCUGCAAGCGGAGCUUCUGCCCGAUCUGAGCGCCGAUCACCUGGUCACGCCCCCUUCCACUGUGGAUACGGCUGCCCUCAGCGAGGAACCGCUUCCUGUGAAAGUUUCGCCACCCAAACCGUCACGCCCCGCCCACAUUUGCGCGACAUGCAACAAGGAGUUCAAGAACAGCUACAACCUGCGGCGCCACCAGUCGGUCCACACGGGCGUCAAGAUGAAGGAUCGAGCCACCCGCGAUGAGGGCAAGCCCCCUCCUAAACAGAGCAUCCCCCUCUCCCUCCUCCAGCUCACCCUGCCCCCACAGGCCCCGGAGCCGGACGCCCUCCCCAAUACCGGACAACAGGUCACCGUUGCCCCGGUGACUGUCACCCCAGUGACGGUUGUACCAGUGAGCGUUGCGCCGGUGACCGUUGCUGUGGCCGCACCGCUCCCACUGCCCACCCCGGCAGCGACGGUGAGCGCCGUGGAGCAGGACGCCAUCCCCCCCGUCGCCACGCCGCCUGCCAACCAGGUUCGCAAGAACCACGCGUGCGAGGCUUGCGGAAAAGCCUUCCGUGACGUCUACCACCUGAACCGCCACCGGCUGUCGCACUCGGACGAGAAGCCGUACUCGUGCCCUGUGUGCCAGCAGCGCUUCAAGAGGAAAGACCGCAUGAGCUACCACGUGCGAUCGCACCAGGGCGGCGUCGAGAAGCCCUACGUGUGCCCGCACUGCGCCAAGGCCUUCUCGCGGCCGGAUCACCUCAACAGUCACGUGCGUCAGGUUCACUCCACAGAGAGACCCUUCAAGUGCACGACGUGCACGUCGGCAUUCGCCACGCGUGACCGCCUGCGCGCGCACCUGAUUCGCCACGAGGAGAAGGUACCUUGUCACAUCUGUGGGAAACUCCUGUCGGCCGCCUACAUCACCGACCACAUGAGGGUCCACAACCAGUCGCAGCACCACGCCUGCCACCUCUGCAACCGAAGCUUCACCACGCUGACGUACUUGCGGGUCCACGCCCAGAAGCACCAUGGCCAGGAGUGGAAGGAGAGCGGCGGCGCCCGGGGCAGCUUCGGCGGCGCCGGGCCGGGCGGAGUACUCCUGUGCCAGCUGUGCGGCGUGCAGUGCAAGACCACCACCCAGCUACAGGGUCACAUGGGCACGCACGCCAACCAGGCGGAGAGCGACCCAGGCGGGGCCGGCCCCGUGGGCGACGCCCCUUCCAGUGGUGCUGGCGGCGGGAUGCUGAUGACUGACUGCUCUGGCAUUAGCGCACAGACGCACAGCUAGCACGUGUUGGGCAGGCAGGGCAAACCAAUGAUUACGUCAUGAUAACGCUUCUUUGUGAAAACUUGGAUAGUGAAAAAGACUCAACAGACUUUGUAUAAAUUCCUGUUUUUAAUCUGUCAACAUUCCGUGGAUUUCAAGGUAUGUGUGUUGCGCUGAUGAUGAGAUUUUCAGCCUGUGUGUUUGCGUGUGUGUGCACUUUUUGUACAUCAACAUUGAAUGCGCCCAAUGAUGAAUUUCAUCUGUACUUUAUAGCUCCCUCAGUGGUCAAAUAAUAUGGAAGUACAUCAACGCCAUCUUAGUUGCAAUUUUGUUAAAAUUUAUUUACCGGCAAUAUUUACACAUUUGAAAUUUUUUGAUCGGAAAAAAACGCUCCAAACAUUUAGUGCAACAUAAUUUAACAGCUGAAAAAGUUCAUUCAAAAUCUACAAAAUUUAUGAGUAAACUUUUCUCCCAAAACUCUGAGAUGAAUUCAACUUCUCCCCAAAAUAGAGUAUAAAAUGGUAUGCAAAAAAAUUAUGUUGAAUUUAAAAAAAAAAGAAGAAAUUCAAUGUGAAUGUAGAUGUUUUUCCACUGACCAGAAAAAAAUGAUAUCAAAAAAAAUAUUGACAAGUCAACAAUUCUGGAUAAAAAUCUUUCAUGCAGUUAUGUAAAUUCAGAUAAAAACAUGAACCUCUAAUUUAUUAUGAUGUUGAUUAUUUUUUUAUAGUGACCAGAGAAAACAUUUUUUUAAAAAUUGGUGGAAAAAAACAAAUUAUAAAUGGAAUUUUGAUGGCCAGAUCUCCUUCCAUCUAAUACUGUAAUCUUUAUUCCGUGCUCGUGCAUAUUGAUGAUCGUUCAGUGUAUUAAAUGCGGAAAAAUUAA